AUGUCGUCCCCGCGUGCUCUGUACCCUCCAACUUCGCCAGGCUUCACACGCCGCCGCCAAGCACUCAUCGUCGCGCUUAUCGCGGUAGCACUCAGCAGGUCCGCUGCGCCGGACGCCUCCAAGGCCGUGUUGGACGCGAUAUCAUUGCGAUCAUGGCGGGAGGCAAAAGCUAAGGAGAGGGAAGAGAGGCGGCGGAAGCUGCUCGAAACGCCUCUGAACACACCGGCUCUGGAACGGAAGAUGGUAGAUUUGUACAUCCCCGAUCCCGCUGGUCCCUCCCGGACGCUCCUAGUCCCGCAUCGCGGCCGGAUAUCACGCGUCCGCAUAACCCCCACCCCGGCCGAGCUGUACGCGCAGCACCUGUCCCUCUUCCCCCCUCUCCGACCAGGGGAGAAGCUCGGAGUCAAUAAGCGGUUUUGGUCCAUGCUCGCCGCCGUCCUGAGGGUGGCUUUUCCGAGCAAAACUGGGAAAGAGGCGCUUCUGCUUGCGCUGCAUACUUUCUUCUUGGUAGUACGGACGGUAUUGAGCGUGAUGGUGGCUAGGCUAGAUGGACGGAUUGUGCGGGACUUGGUCUCUGCGAACGGAAAAGGCUUCAUCAGAGGUCUGGGAUGGUGGUUUGCUUUGGCACUGCCAAGCACAUAUACCAAUGCUAUGAUCCGCUUCUUGGAGCGCAAACUUGCUUUGGCCUUCCGCACAAAUCUGACCCGAUAUAUACAUGAUCUUUACCUGAACGACAAGCUGAACUACUACAAGUUUGGACUGGGUCUGGGCGCUGUUUCUGCCGGACCCCCGACGGGAGACGGGAAGAAGGGAGGUGCCGAAGCGUCAGAAGCUGCAGCGGGCGGGGCCGACCAGCUCAUUACUACUGAUCUCGCGAGAUUCUGCGACGCUCUGGCUGCACUAUACGGUAACAUGGGGAAGCCCUUCCUCGAUAUGGUCAUCUUCACAUCCCAGCUCGCGGCUGGCCUCGGACCCCUCGGCACAAUAGGCCUCUUCGCCAACUAUGGCUUCACGGCGUGGAUUCUCCGUAAAGCGACACCGGCAUUUGGUAAGAUGGCUGCAGUCGAAGCGAGGCUGGAGGGAGAGUACCGCGCGGGCCUGGGCCGGAUAGGUAGGGAUGGAGAAGAAGUAGCCUUUUAUAACGGCGGCGCGAGAGAAAAGGCCAUCCUGACAGAAGCGUACCAAAAGCUUAAACAUCACGUCCAUGCAGUCUUCAAGGUCCGGAUACCGUACGGUAUGACGGAGGACUUUGUGAUCAAGUAUCUGUGGUCGGCGGUGGGUUAUGGGUUGAUGUCGAUCCCGAUCUUGUUCCCUGCUCAGCGGGAUGGUGAGGUGCGGACUGGAGGGUUGCAGGAUGAGGUAGCGCACCGGACAGAGAGUUACGUCUCGAACAGACGGCUCUUGCUUUCUCUCGCGGACGCCGGUGGGCGUCUCAUGUACUCGGGUAAGGACCUAGCGGAGCUAUCGGGAUAUACGAGCCGAGUCUACUCGCUUCUCGCAUCUCUUCAUGCGCUCGACAAUGGGAUCUACCAACCAAACCCGCGGCCAGAAACACUUCCUCCUCAACAGGAGUUCUACGAUAUGGCGGGAGUUGCCGGUCGAGUCAUCCUCGGUGCGGAUCAUCUACUGCUGAAGGGCGUACCGGUCGUAGCUCCCGCUGGAGGCGCAGCUGGGGCUGAACGAGGUGGAGAGGAGUUGAUUCGCAUUUUGGAUCUGAGGGUAGAGAAGGGGCAACAUACGCUCAUUACCGGACCAAAUGGCGUGGGCAAGACAUCUAUCGCGCGGAUAGUGGCGCAGCUUUGGCCGGUUUGGUCGGGAUUGAUGGAGCGGCCACUACAUGGCGAGGGAGGGAUUUUCUUCUUGCCUCAGAGGCCAUACCUCAGUAUUGGCAGUUUGCGGGAUCAGGUCAUCUAUCCGCACACAUACGCCGAGAUGAAGUCUCGCGGGCGCACCGACGCCGAGCUAGCCGAUAUCCUCGAGCACGUCCACCUCGCCUACCUGCCCGCGCGUGAAGGGGGAUGGGAGACCCGCAAAGAAUGGAAAGAUGUCUUGUCGGGCGGAGAGAAGCAGCGGAUGGGGAUGGCUAGGCUGUUCUACCACCGGCCAGCUUAUGCUAUCCUGGACGAAUGCACCUCGGCGGUGUCGUCAGAUGUCGAGGGGUUGAUGUAUGAGCAUGCGAAGAGUAUGGGCGUCACGCUGGUGACUAUCUCCCACCGCCCAUCCCUGUUGAAAUACCAUAAUCGCCACCUCCGUCUAGGCGAGUCUCAGACUGCCGCCCCCGGCUCCCCACUCGCCUCCACCUCCUCUCUCAAUCUCAACGCCAUGCGUAUGGGUAUGGGACUCGGCAUGUCCUCUGCCCUCUCUGCUCUUGACUCGGAGCAGCAAUUGCCCCAGAGCCAAGGAUGGCAGUUGACCGUUCUGGACGAUAAAGCUACCAAGGAGGAGGUGCUGGAGUUGGACGGUGAGCUGGAGAGGCUGGAGAGGGUAUUGGGAACUGAGGUGGGGGAGUGGGAGCGGCGGUUGGGAGAGAUCAAUGAGGAGCUGAAGGGGAAGAAGUAG